AUGAAUUCGGGUCCUUUUUCUUUCCUCUCUUCCCGUCGAUCGCUCCACUGCCGUCUUACCCCAACUUCAGGUUUGAAUCCACGUAUCAAAUCAGUGACAUUGGAUUCCAGUUCCACGGCAAUCAUCGACGAUCCGACAUCGGCUUUCGCUUCAGAAGAAGAAAGUCCAGCGAAGAUCGGCGCUAGGGUUAGGAGCGAAGAAAGAACAAUAUGGAGCACCUCCACCGAUUUGGUGGUUCAUCGCAGUAGUGGAGUGGCAGGGACUAUUCUGGCAACCUCUUCACCACUUUGUUUUCUUGUUCCAGUUACUGUCGAUGAGAGGGGGAGGAAGCAGAAAGAAAACGACAACAGGGGGUAUUUGGGUUGCUUGGUGUGUCAUAAAACAGUGGGAGAAAAUGGAAGGGGUUGUUGCCCUUGGCUAGCCGGAAACCACUAG